AUGGUGACUGAAAUAUUGUCCGGUAAUCAUAAGGUUCUUGGGGUUUCCAUUCCCUUAAACACUAUUGUACCUGAGAAUGUUACGUGUCAAGAAAAUACAGUCUCCUUAGGAAAGAAUGUAUCUGAUGAUGUUGAGCACACUGAUGCUCAUGAGGGGUCAAAUAUUGACAAACCCUUAGAUAAUGUGGGUGGUGAGGAAGUCCGUGUCACUCAUGAUGUCAGUGACAACCCUAACUAUGAAGCUGAAACAAGGCUGCCUUUGGAAAGGGAAUUGGCUCAGAAUGUCCUGGAAUGUAAGGAGAUUGUAGACCUUAUUCAAGAGGCAGGGUUAAUGAAGACUGUGACUCAGUUCUCAAAGUGCUAUGAGAUAUUAGUAAAGGAAUUUAUUGUCAAUGUGUUUGAAGAAUGUGCUGAUGGAAAGUCUAGGGAAUUCAGAAAAGUGACUGACAAUAAAAUCUGUCAAGUCAUCACUGCUAAUCAAGUCAGGAAGUGGCCUCUCAAAGGUAAGUUGGCGGCCAGCAAACUAAGUGUAAAGUAUGCUAUGCUGCACAAAAUUGGAGCUGCUAACUGGGUGCCCACCAAUCACAAAUCCACAGUGGCUGUAAUGCUUGGAAAGUUCAUAUAUGUUGUUGGAACCAAAGCCAAGUUUGACUAUGGAUCCUAUAUUUUUGAUCAAACCAUGAAACAUGCAGGAAGCUUCAGUGUGAAGGGGCCUAUAGCCUUUCCUUCCCUCAUAUGUGGUAUUGUGUUGAAUCAAUUUCCAAACAUAUUAACAGAGAAUGAUUCUGUGAAGAGAAGAGACAGCCCUUUGGCCUUCAAUGAUAAAUUGUUCCUAGGUACGCAUGUUCCUGACAUUGCCAUGGCAACAGGAGAGACAUCAAGUGUUUGCAAUCAACCAGGUAAAGUUGUUGUCAUUGCAAUACUCAAAGAAACGUGCAAGGAGUUAGAGGCAAGGAAGCUCACUUUGGAAAAUUUGAUUAUCAAGUUGGAGAUGACUGAAGGUGAUGUGCUUGGUGAAACUGUUGAUGCUGCAGAAGGAGCUGCAAGACAAAGUGCAGAGGGAGAAGAGGAUGCCAGUCCUGAUGAUGGCACUGAUGAUGAUGCUGACUCUGAGUCAGAUGAAUAG